GCAUUUUUACUGCUGCAGCUCUGAAUAACUAUAUUGCAAACCUGCGGCCGCGGAAGAUCCCAAUUACUGCGAGAGCAAAAUAUUCAAAUUAAGAGGGAGGGGUCAGAGAGAAGGCGUGGCCCUGGCGUGUGACGAAACACAGGACGCGCCCCCGGACGUGAUGUCAGAGAGUAUUUUUACAUGCUGCGGAGAAAGGAUUCGUGGUCUUUCUUUAAAAGAGAACAACAUUGACAAGAAACCUCAGAAAUAAUAAAUAAAUAAAUAAAUAAAUAAUCAGCUUGCACCAGUUCACAGGGCAUUGACGAUCAACAGCUGCUAAACAGGAUCCCGUGUGCUGCCAUGGACAGUGUGAAGAUGGAGUCUGUCCAGAUUAAAGAGGAGUUCCCUGAACUUGAACUUGUCCCCAUUAGAGUGGAGUUCUCUGGGCUGGCUUCCCUCCCCAUUAAACAGGAACUCUGUGAGAGGCAAUGUGACUGCUGUCUGAUGGAGGUCUCUGAGAUUAAAGCUGAGCAGAAUGAAUUGGGGAUCCCCCAGACAGAAGAACCCCUUCCUGUUAAACAAGAAGAGGUGCUGGAAACUGUCCGUAUUAAACAGGAGCCCCCUGAAGUAGAGUUUGAGCACAUGGAACCAGUGAAGGAAGAAUCGGAGGACUUCAAACCAAACAUCCCUGAGCUGGAGCCUGUACGCCUGCGGGAGUGUAGCGUGGUGCUGGAGAGAAUCUGCGUGAGAGAGCAAGGCGCUGGAGAGGAAGGCUCUCCCAACAGCACGCAAGGAGGUGGAAAGGAAGACGGGCGCUCCCAUUCAGAAUGCAGUCUAGCAGGUUUCAGUCCAGCAGCUAAAGCGAGGGCGGGUGAUGGAGAAUAUGCUGACUGUGGGAAAGGUUUCACCCAGUUAAGAACUUUUAAAACACACCAGAGAACUCGCACAGGAAAGAAACCGUAUCGCUGCUCUGACUGUGGGAAGAGGUUCAAUCAGUCAGGACACCUUGAAACACACCAGCGAACUCACACAGGAGAGAAACCGUAUCGCUGCUCUGACUGUGGGAAGAGGUUCAGUCAGUCAGGUAACCUUGAAACACACCAGCGAACUCACACAGGAGAGAAACCGUAUCGCUGCUCUGACUGUGGGAAGAGUUUCAGUAGGGUAGACCACCUUCUUUUACACCAGCGAACUCACACAGGAGAGAAACCGCAUCGCUGCUCUCACUGUGGGAAGAGUUUCAGUAGGGUAGGCUACCUUGUUUCACACCAGCGAACUCACACAGGAAAGAAACCGUAUCGCUGCUCUGACUGUGGGAAGAGUUUCAGUCGGUCAGACAGCCUUGUUUCACACCAGCGAACUCACACAGGAGAGAAACCGUAUCGCUGCUCUGACUGUGGGAAGAGUUUCACUCAGUUAGGACACCUUAUUUCACACCAGCGAACUCACACAGGAGAGAAACCGUAUCGCUGCUCUGACUGUGGGAAGAGGUUCAGUCAGUCCUGCAGCCUUGUUUCACACCAGCGAACUCACACAGGAGAGAAACCGUAUCGCUGCUCUGACUGUGGGAAGAGUUUCAGUAGGGUAGACCACCUUGUUUCACACCAGCGAACUCACACAGGAAAGAAACUGUAUCGCUGCUCUGACUGUGGGAAGAGUUUCUGUUUUAAACAAGGCCUUCAAAAACACCAGCGGACUUUUCACUCAUGAGGGAAAAAAACCGUUAACCUUGCAUUAUGAAUCCCUGUGCAAUUACUGUUCUGUGCAUCACUCUUAAGAGCAUGCAUUUUAAAUGGUAAAAAUGCGCUUCAACUCUCUUGCACUGUGAUUGUGUCAGAAAGUGGGCGUUGACGCGGACACGAGAAAGGCUUCUUUGCUGUCAGUUUAACUCGGGCUGUUAAUGCAGUCAGUGCCUGGGAGCGGGAAUAUGCAGAAAGGAAACUAUUCUGCACCUCAUCUGAUGGACGAGUCAGGAGAAAUUGAUAACUCAGUGUGGGGAAUGAGUUUCAGGGUUUAGCAUUUAAACUGCAUAGACUUGAAAAUAAAUGAAUUGAUGAGAACGAGUAUCCUGACCCCGGUAUGUAGCAUCCCAGAGACAAGACUGCACCGUCCUUACUGGACAACCGCCUGGAGGGUUUGUCUUGUAAAUUCAUCACGAUUCUAAAUCUAAUGAAAACUGAUAGUGUCCCCAUGACUGCAUUAUGACAGGGAUGGCUGAAUACUGCGUGGCGUGUCGCUUUGCAAUGUGCAUUGUCCAUGCUUGUAUUUGUGCUGCUCUUGUAACCUGCCCUGAGUAAUAGCAGUGUUGCAAGCACGUGUACGGAGCUUGGGUACAGAAAGGCAGACCGGUUUCAUCUCUGGCUCUUUCUUGCUCUUUUGUAGUAUUUUACACUCGGUGACAAAUUCCAAAUGAAAAUGUAGCUUAACUAUGACUAUUAAUGGAUUAAGCUUUCAUUACAGAGCACAAAGUAAUAUAAAAUGCAGUGUGGUAAUGGAAGUAAGUGUGUGUGUGUGUCUCAGUGUGUGAGAGUAAGUGUGUGAGACUGUAAGUGUGUGUGUGUGUGUGUGUGUCUCUGUGUGUGAGACUGUAAGUGUGUGUGUGUGUGUGUGUGUGUGUGUGUGUGUCUCUGUGUGUGAGACUGUAAGUGUGUGUGUGUCUCAGUGUGUGAGAGUGUGUGUCUCUGUGUGUGAGAGUGUAAGUGUGUGUGUGUGUGUGUGUGUGUGAGUGUCUCAGUGUGUGAGAGUGUGUGUCUCUGUGUGUGAGAGUGUAAGUGUGUGUGUGUCUCUGUGUGUGAGAGUGUAAGUGUGUGUGUGUCUCUGUGUGUGAGAGUGUAAGUGUGUCUCUCUCUCUCUCUCUCUCUCUCUCUCUGAGUGUGUGGUGUGGUGGGGGGGGGAUCUAUAUAUUUUUCAGAGGAUUUAUUUACUUUUUAAUAUAGAUAAAUAAAUACCGGUGCUAAAGAUGCUUUGACACAAAACCUUUUUUUUUUUUUUUUUCAGUCCUGAGGAAAUGCUACUGUGUUGUUAGUGAAACUCGAUUUUGAGUCCUGUGUUUAUUUGGUAUUUCUGUUCAGCAUUAAUGCUGAUUAGUGUGUGGUUUGAACAUAUUUAGUUUAUGUGAAGGGACCAGCAAAAAGCAUUCAUUUUCUGAGGAGUGUACGGCACGGCUUACUGCCAGUACUGCAUUCAUAUCUGCUGCUCCCACACCCGUCACUCAGCACACUGUGUGUAUUCAUAAACAAAGGGCAGCUUUAUUUUUCUAUCCUGUUCAGAGUUUUACAGAGGGGGGAGUUUAGUUUGAUUUAUCCACUGCUGCCAAUUUUCUCUGAGCCGUUUCUGCAUAGAAUUCCUCCUGCUAUCAAUUAUAAGAUAGCGCCAAAACCAGGCCAAUAUAUUAACAAGGGAACCGAGUACUUUAUACAAGAUGACGGAUCUGCUUACCCUUCAACGAACUGAAACGAGAUGUGUGAAUACGGGUGAGUCUGUGGUUUCAUACGCAGUGCUGUGUGAGAUUAUUACGCUCAGACCGGGACCUUGUUAAAAAGCUGUGUUCUGAGGAAAUGUGCGUGAUCCGAGUCCUAAUGAGACUGCAAUUAAACCUGCUGUGUGCUGAUUGCACGAUUUGAUUAAUAUAAAGCAGGAUCCUAAACCAUGCUGAAGAAAGACUGGAAUGCUGCGCCGCUCUGUACCAGCAGGAUUUGCAAGCAAUCUGCAUUGCAAUCCCGUUCUGCGUUGCUUGCUGUUCUCUCAGUGAUGUAAAGUAUUGGUAUUAAACUCUUGUAUUAAGUGUAUCAUUCGGCAGGAACACGCUCCAGAAACUCACACUAGGGAGCCACAUGACAGAGGGAAAGCACACUUUCAUUCACUGAGGUAUUGUAGUUCCCUCCCGAUGGUUGAUGGGUAUUGUAGUUCCAAAAGAAGGGGGAGAAGCAGGUGAAUUUGUCUGAAAGAUUUCACUGAUAGAGGCUUCUCCACAUUCUGCUUUUUACCGCAGAAGACGCGCUCUGUGGGGCGGGAGUGGGGUGUAGAUUCGCUACUAUCUGUCGCGGUCCUCACAAUAUCAAACGGUAACAAGAUAUUAAUGUUAAAUAUCAAAUUACUUAUUCCUAUUAUUCUCUACUGACUGUGAAAAAUAGUUUGCUUAUUUCCUGUCAGUACUCUCUGCUAAGCACAGUAGGGUGGGUUUGUGUUUUUUUUUUUUUUUUUUUGGGGGGGGGGGGGAGGGGGGGUGAUUUUAAUAUACAUGUUGAUAAUGAAUCUUGUUCAGUGUGUGGUGUUUUGAAGUCUUUUAGAUUAUUUUAGAUUACAGUCAGAUGAAAAGGGAAGGUCGUAGAUUGGGACGCAGGUGGAGGACUACAAAACUGAUUCUCCAUUUUGAUAUCUGGAAAACAGCAUCAAGUCCAUUUCAAUAACGCUCCGAGGGCAGCCAGGGGCUCCUUUUUUUCUUUUCUUUCUUUCUGCAGUAUUAUUAAUGCAAAUUAAUGUGAGUACAAGCUGCUGAUCAGCUGAUAUCUCCUAACCUUUUCUGUAUCAAAAAAAUAAAUAAAUAAAAAUUUAAAAAGCA